CCAAGAACAGAGUGCAGCACUGGCUGUAGGUACCUUAACAUGGGGAACCUUCUAAAAGUUUUGACAUGCACAGACCUUGAGCAGGGGCCAAAUUUUUUCCUUGAUUUUGAAAAUGCCCAACCUACAGAAUCUGAAAAGGAAAUCUAUAAUCAGGUGAAUGUAGUUUUAAAGGAUGCAGAAGGAAUACUCGAAGACUUGCAGUCAUAUAGAGGAGCUGGCCAUGAAAUACGAGAGGCAAUACAGCAUCCUAGUGAUGAGAAGCUGCAAGAGAAAGCAUGGGGUGCAGUUGUUCCACUAGUAGGCAAACUAAAGAAAUUCUAUGAAUUUUCUCAAAGACUAGAGGCAGGAUUGCGAGGUCUGUUGGGAGCCUUGACGAGCACUCCGUAUUCACCAACACAGCACCUGGAGCGAGAGCAGGCUCUUGCUAAGCAGUUUGCAGAAAUCCUUCACUUUACACUCCGGUUUGAUGAGCUCAAGAUGACAAAUCCUGCUAUACAGAACGACUUCAGCUACUACAGAAGAACUCUGAGCCGUAUGAGGAUUAACAAUGUCCCAGCAGAGGGAGAAAAUGAAGUAAAUAAUGAGCUGGCAAACAGAAUGUCUUUAUUUUACGCUGAAGCAACGCCAAUGUUGAAAACUUUAAGUGAUGCUACAACAAAGUUUGUGUCAGAGAAUAAAAAUUUACCUAUAGAGAAUACUACAGAUUGCUUAAGCACCAUGGCUAGUGUGUGCAGGGUCAUGCUGGAAACCCCUGAAUAUAGAAGCAGGUUUACAAAUGAAGAAACAGUAUCAUUCUGUCUGAGGGUAAUGGUGGGUGUCAUCAUACUCUAUGACCACGUGCAUCCGGUGGGCGCUUUUGCCAAAACUUCAAAAAUUGAUAUGAAAGGAUGCAUCAAAGUUCUUAAAGACCAGCCUCCUAACAGUGUAGAAGGCCUUCUAAAUGCUCUCAGGUACACAACAAAGCAUUUGAAUGAUGAGACUACCUCCAAGCAAAUUAAAUCCAUGUUGCAAUAACAAUUACCUGGAAUCCGCACCUGCUGUAGACAGUAUUCUGCAAUGACUGAGAUGCACAGAUUUAUUUUUUUUUUUUAGUGAUUGCAACUACUAUCUUGUCCAUUCUUGCUUUUUAUUUUCUCUCUUCCUGUUUACCCUUUUUUUUAAAAUCACUUUCUUGUUCUUAAGUAAGCUCAGACUUCUUUUCUGUGCCAAAUCAAUGAAAAUUAUCAGUUCUGGAAAGUAUUUCUCCUUUUCAGAAUAGCCAUCCUAAGUGGCAGCUAAUUAUGCGUUGCAUUUGGAUUUCUCUGUACUGGGGAAAGAUUUGUGACUUGAACUAAAUAUUUUUAAA